GAUUUUCAGUGGAAACUGGCUAUGGCGGUAAGCUCUGAUGGUUGCAGAUCUCUCAAGUAUCCUUACGUUGCGGUGAUGCUGAAAGUGGCAGAUCAUUCAGGCCAAGUAAAGAACAAGUCCUUUGAGAUGACAAUUCCACAGUUUCAGAAUUUCUACAAACAAUUCAAGGAAAUUGCUGCAAUUGUUGAAACUGUGUGA